UGAAGAGACAGACAUUUAUCAAUGUCCAGAAGGAAAAUACUUCUCCUACCAGCUCUGUUUAGAGUGCCCCUCUGGUCAUUUUUGUCCUGGAAAUGUAUCUGCACCUCAUAGAUGUCCAGCAGGAACAUUUAACCUCUACACAGGGAAAAGUAGUAUCAGUGACUGCAAGUCUUGCUUUCCAGGUCUGAUCAGUUCAGAGGACAGAAUGGACUGUAGACUGUGUCCUGCCGGUUUCUCAUGUGAUCCAGCGAAUGGGACCCUCUCUUUAUGCCCCCCAGGACAACAUUCUCCCAAGGGGGUCCUUCAGUGUUUGCCCUGCCCUGUAGAUUCUAUCUGCACAUCUGGAUUUCCUUUCAAAUGCGGGCCUGGCAUGGAGCCUAACACAGAUCACACUGCGUGUGAUGACUGCCUCCCAGGCUCAUAUUCCACAAUGUGUAGCAUCCAGUGUCUGCAGUGUCCAGCAGGAAGUUACUGUCCAGAUAAUCGCAUGAAACAGCCGCUUCCCUGUCCUCCUGGUUGGUCUUCCACCCCUGGACAGACCUACUGUCUUAGUUGUAAUGAUACAUCUUUGCUGUGUGGGGGAGCUGUGGCCCCCCAAUGGAACAAGCCAGUCCACAGGUCUGGUCACAUAACCACCUGUCGACCAGGAACAUACAAAGACACAAGGGAUGGGUUAUCGUGUGUGACGUGUCCAGUAGGUCAUUAUUGUGUAGGAGGUGUAGCUGUUCCCUGUCCUGCUGGGAGUUAUGGCCCUAAAGAAGGUCUACGGAGGCUGAGAGACUGCACAAUCUGUCCUGCAGGGUUUUACUGUCUGGAAGGCAGCUCACAGAGACCCACCUCCCAGUUCAUGUGCCCACGGGGCUAUUACUGUGAGGAGGGCACCGCCACCCUUCAUGGGUCACCUUGCCCCGCUGGUACAGCGGGGGAACAACUGGGUCAGACAAGUAGGGCAGCCUGUAAGAGAUGUAGAGAAGGGCGCUUCUGUCCUGCAGGCUCAUCUGGGCUUGGCUUGCCCUGCGCUCGGGGGAGAUACUGUCCUGCUGGCUUGGAAGAAGUGACAUGUCCUCGAGGCACCUUCACCCCUCACGAAGGAGCAAUAAGUGUGAAGGACUGUCUCAAAUGCCCAGCUGGAUAUUAUUGUCCGGCGGGGACACGCGACCCUGUUCCCUGUCCACCAGGCUCCUUUAACCCUUUAGAGGGUCAGGACGAGUUGGCCGAUUGCAGGGAGUGCUAUGCAGGGAAGGCCUGCACACAAGUAGCUCUGAAAGCUCCCGAUGUGGACUGCAUGCAAGGGUAUGUGUGUCCCCCUGGUUCCUCCAAACCCAACGCACUGACCAAUGCCUGCCCACCAGGGACACUGAGCAAUCGCACUGACCUCACUGACCGCUCACAGUGUCAACGGUGCCCAGCACGAUAUGCAUGUCUUCGAGGAACUGGUGGCAUCCAGAGACCACCACUCUCCUGCUUUGCAGGGCAUUAUUGUCCCUCUGGAACUAUGUUCCCCACCCAGUACAAAUGUCCUGUGGGGACAUGGAGUGGUCAAAGUGGAUUAGAAGCUGAAAGGGAGUGUCGGCCAUGCCCAAAGGGUUGGUACUGUUUGGCUGGAUCUGGAUCUCCGUCAGGUCGAUGCAGCUCUGGACACUACUGUCCUGAAGGGACCGCAUAUGGCACCCAGUUUCCUUGCCCUGCAGGCACCUACAGUAUGCAAAUGGGUAACCGAUACAAAGAAGACUGCCUGCUUUGUCCUGAAGGCUCAUUCUGUCAACAGGGCACCUCCAAACCUUCACCCUGCCCACCCUCCACAUUUCGCCAUCUGAAAGGAGGUCGAAGACUGGAGGACUGCUCUGUUUGCCCUGCUGGCUAUUUUUGUCCCCACUCAGCCACUGUCAACCCCAGAGUGUGUGGAGCUGGCAGCUACUCUGACGAGGGUUCUUUGGAGUGUUCGCCAUGCUUGCAGGGCCACUACUGCAGUAAUGAGACCACUAGUGAGGAAGCCAUGUUGAGUGUGAUGGUGUGCCCCCCAGGCUUUCUCUGCUCUCAGGGUUUAGCCAGAGACCCCCAGCGCUCAGCCACCCUCUGUCCUCGAGGCUCGUACUGCCCCGGAGGAAGCAUUGAUCCCAACCCCAUUCCUUGCCCCAAUGGUACCUACAGUGAAACUCCUGGUCUGCGUGACGCCAGUGAGUGUAUCCAAUGUCCUGAGGGGAAGUACUGUUACUCCGAGCAGCCUCUGGAGCAGCCUAUUACGGGUCCUACAGGGGUGUGUCCUUCAGGGCACUAUUGCCCCCUAGGGACAGGGAACCCCUACACCCACCCCUGUCUGCCUGGUCGAUAUCGGAACAACACACUUGGUCACAGUGGAAAAGCCUGUGUGUUAUGUCCAUCCAGGCAUUACUGCGACAGACUGGGGACUCACAUGCCCUCAGUCUGCCCUCGGGGCUUUUACUGUCCAGAAGGCAGUUCUGCUCCUGAACCGUGUCCUGAAGGAACCUUCAGUUCACGCCCAGCUCUCAGUGAUGGGUCUGAGUGCUCCUCUUGUGGUGGAGGCCUGUAUUGCGCCGGUGUGGGACUCACAGAGCCAUCUGGAAGCUGCAAAGAGCGCUUCUACUGUAGACAAGGAGCCAAGUCUGCAACUCCUGUGGAUGGGCCGACAGGAGGUUUGUGUCCAGCAGGAAGUUACUGUCCUCUAGCGUCAUCCUCUCCCCUCCCCUGUCCUCCUGGAACCUUCAGCAGCAGCGUCGGCCUCAGUAGACUUGAGGAGUGUGUCAGCUGUCCACCAGGUUUCUAUUGUUUAGGUUCCAACAACACCUCACCUUCAGGCCCUUGUAUUCCUGGUUUCUACUGUACCGGUGGUUCAGCUUCGCCUGUUCAGAAUGAAGCACAGAAGGGUUAUUAUACCUUAAAGGGGGCAGCCAGGGCACAACCGUGCCCUCUUGGCACUUUUCAGACGCAUCGAGGUGCAGAGUCAUGCGUGGAAUGUCAGGGAGGCAGACUGUGUAACCAGACAGGCUUGUCCCAGCCAUCAUUGUGUCCCACAGGACACUACUGUCCUCCAGGGUCCUCUAUUGCUCGACCCUGUCCCCCUGUCAGUAUCUGUGUGUUAGCAUGUGUGUGUGCUGUGAAUGUCAGCAUUUAA